AAAUAAAAGAAAGAUCUUUUUAGUUAAUUAUUUUUGCCCCCUGAAACCGCAGCAAAUACAAAGCAGUACCAAUUGAGAGGCGGCGCUCGCGCCUGCGCCUGAAACUGAAACCAACUCUGUUUUCAUUGAAGCUCGCAAUUGACGAACAAACCUGAUAUCGAAGAAGAAGAAAAUGGUGAAGGUGCGCAUGAACACGGCCGAUGUGGCCGCAGAGGUGAAGUGCUUGCGUAGGCUAAUCGGCAUGCGUUGCUCCAAUGUCUAUGAUCUUUCUCCCAAGACCUAUGUGUUCAAGUUGAUGAAUAGUAGUGGAGUCACGGAGUCCGGCGAGAGCGAGAAAGUCCUAUUGUUGAUGGAAAGUGGUGCUAGAUUGCACACCACCGCAUAUGUUAGGGACAAAAGUAAUACCCCUUCGGGGUUUACUCUCAAAUUGAGGAAGCAUAUACGUACCAGAAGGCUUGAGGAUGUACGGCAACUUGGAUAUGAUCGGAUUGUUCUCUUUCAAUUUGGACUGGGUGCUAAUGCAUACUAUGUUAUAUUGGAGCUGUAUGCUCAUGGAAACAUUCUCCUAACAGAUUCUGAUUUUAUGGUCAUGACCCUUCUCCGGUCCCACAGGGAUGAUGAUAAAGGGUUUGCAAUCAUGUCACGCCACCGUUAUCCUACUGAAAUUUGUCGAGUUUUUGAGCGAACAACUGCUGCAAAGUUACAAGCAGCCCUUACUUCUUCCAAGGGGCCUGAUAACAAUGAACCUGUUGAAAAUAAUAAUGCUAGAACUAAUGUGUCUGCUGCACCAAAAGAAAAGCAGGGUAGCCGUAAAGGUGGGAAAUCAUCUGAGUCAAGUAAAAAUACCAGUGAUGGUACUCAUGCCAAACAGGCCAUGUUGAAAACUGUCGUUGGGGAGGGACUUGGUUAUGGACCUGCACUUGCUGAGCAUAUUAUACUCGAUGCUGAUCUGAUUCCUAAUACAAAAGUUCCUAAAGAUAACAAGUGGGAUGAUGAUACAGUUCAGGCUUUGCUCCAAGCUGUUACAAAGUUUGAGGACUGGCUGGAGGAUAUUAUUUCUGGAGAUAAAGUUCCUGAAGGAUUCAUAUUGCAGAAACAAAAUUCUGAACCUGGAAAUACUGGGCAGGUUACUUUGAUUUACCAUGAUUUCUGCCCCAUCUUACUGAACCAGUUCAAGACUAGGGAGUAUGUGAAGUUUGAAACAUUUGAUGCUGCUUUGGAUGAGUUCUACAGCAAAAUUGAGGGUCAAAAGGUAGAACACCAGCAAAAGGCAAAAGAGAACUCUGCCAUCCAGAAACUGAAUAAAAUACGCUUGGAUCAGGAAAAUCGUGUGCAUACACUAAGGAGUGAAGUUGAUCGUAGUAUUCAAAUGGCGGAGUUGAUAGAAUACAACUUGGAAGAUGUGGAUGCUGCAAUAUUAGCUGUGCGUGUAACUCUUGCAAAGGGCAUGAAUUGGGAGGACCUUGCUCGUAUGGUGAAGGAGGAGAGGAAAUCCGGAAACCCUGUGGCUGGCCUCAUUGACAAGCUCCAUCUUGAAAGGAAUUGUAUGACAUUGCUGUUGAGCAACAAUCUUGAUGAAAUGGAUGAUGAUGAGAAGACACUCCCAGUGGAUAAGGUUGAAGUUGAUUUAGCUCUUUCAGCGCAUGCCAAUGCUCGGCGGUGGUAUGAAAUGAAGAAAAAACAGGAGAGCAAACAUGAAAAGACCAUUACCUCACAUGAGAAAGCUUUUAAAGCUGCUGAGAGAAAGACUCGUCUACAGCUUUCACAGGAAAAAACCGUCGCCACAAUUUCACAUAUGCGCAAAGUUCACUGGUUUGAGAAAUUCAAUUGGUUCAUCAGCAGUGAGAACUAUUUGAUUAUCAGUGGGCGUGAUGCUCAACAGAACGAGAUGAUAGUCAAACGCUAUAUGUCAAAAGGAGAUCUGUAUGUCCAUGCAGAUCUGCAUGGAGCUUCCAGUACUGUGAUAAAAAAUCACAGGCCUGAACAACCAGUACCUCCUCUGACUUUAAACCAAACAGGAUGUUUCACGGUUUGCCAUAGUCAGGCAUGGGAUGCAAAGAUCGUCACUAGCGCUUGGUGGGUUUAUCCUCACCAGGUCAGUAAAACUGCUCCUACUGGGGAAUAUCUUACAGUCGGGAGUUUUAUGAUCCGUGGGAAGAAAAAUUUUCUUCCUCCACACCCUCUUAUUAUGGGCUUUGGGUUGUUAUUUCGGUUAGAUGAGAGCUCCUUGGGAUCACAUUUAAAUGAAAGGAGGGUAAGAGGAGAAGAGGAAGCGAUAAAUGAUGUUGAAGAAAGUCAGCUUCUCGAAGAAAAAUCUGAUACAGAGUCAGAGAAUGAAGCCACAGAUGAAAAACUUAAAGUAGAACUGGAAAGCAUUCCCGAGUCAUCUGCAGAUCUACGUAAAUCAGUUUUUGAGGGAUCUGCAGUUGAACCUGCUUAUAAUGGCUCAACUACCACCAAUGCUAAAGAAGCUAUUGAUUCGCAUGAUUUGCCUGUUGAGGAGAGGACCACCUUGGGUGGUGUUAAUAAGGAAAAUGUUUCUGGUAUUGCUAGAAAUGUUGUUUCUCCUGUCAACCCGCAACUUGAGGACCUCAUUGAUCGAGCUCUUGGGCUAGGCUCUGCUAGUGUAUCUGGUAAAAGUUAUGGGCUUGAAGCUUCUCAUAUUGAUCCAUUUGAGGAGGAUAAUCAUGAAGAGAGUAAAGCUAUAGUCAAAGAUAAACCUUAUAUCUCAAAGGCUGAAAGAAGAAAGCACAAGAAAGAUCAGAACAAUGUGGGUGUAGAUGCAAAUGUUGAGCAGGAAACUGAAAAACCAAAAGAAACUGAUGCUUCUGUCGCUUAUCAAGAGAAAAAGGUUCAAACUACAAAACCAGGUGUUGGCAAAAUCAGUCGUGGGCAGAGAGGUAAACUCAAGAAGAUGAAGGAGAAGUAUGCUGAUCAAGAUGAGGAAGAAAGGAACAUUCGUAUGGCUUUACUGGCUUCUGCUGGAAAAAUAAACAAGACAGAUGGAGAGACACAAAAUGAAAAUGCAGCUGCAGCCAAAGAGAAGAAACUUGGUAGUGCAGGUCCUGCUGAUGCUCCAAAAAUAUGUUACAAGUGUAAGAAGGCAGGUCACCUUUCCCGGGACUGUCGAGAGCAUCCAGAUGGAUCUUCGCAUAGUCAUUCAAAUGCUAGUUUUGAAGGUGACUCCCAUGUGAUUUUGGGUAACACUGCCUCUGUAAUAGACAGGGUGGCUAUGGAAGAGGAUGAUAUCCAUGAGAUUGGUGAAGACGAGAAAGGGAAAUUGAAUGAUGUUGAUUACUUGACUGGGAAUCCACUGCCUAGUGAUGUUCUCUUAUAUGCCGUUCCUGUCUGUGGUCCUUACAAUGCAGUUCAAUCAUAUAAAUACCGUGUCAAGAUAAUUCCAGGCACUGCAAAGAAAGGGAAAGCUGCAAAAAUGGCCAUGAAUUUGUUUGGCCACAUGCCAGAGGCAACAAAUAGAGAGAAGGAAUUGAUGAAAGCAUGUACAGACCCUGAGCUAGUUGCUGCAAUUGUUGGCAAUGUGAAGGUAACUGCUGCAGGACUGACCCAGUUGAAACAGAAGCAAAAGAAAGGUAAGAAGAGCAGCAGCAAAGGAGGAAGGUAGUGGGUGUUUCUGAAAACAAGCAGAGGCUUUUUCAAAUCAUCGUGUUUAUGCUCUCUUUUUGGAAGUUCAGUUUUGUUCUCUCAGAUUAGAACUUCUGAAAACUAGCCCCUUUAGUUUACUUGGGGAAAAAAACGAGAAUGUGUGUAUGUGCAGCUAAUUUGUUUAUUAAGCAAAUGUCGAUCAGUCUAGUCCUUGCUUAGCCAAUACUGACAAUCAAAGAAAUUGAAAUCUCAUACGAGUAAUGAAUAUAGUUACCUGGUAAUAAAGAGUGCAAGUGGCGAUCAUUUCUUUA